AUGAAAUUAUUAUAUUGUUUAUUAUUAGUCAUUUUGGCUUUAGUUGGUUUAUCAUCAGGUGCUAAGCCAAGUGAUAAAUUACAAAUUGGUGUAAAAUAUCGUCCAGAUGAAUGCACUGUUAAAACUAAAAGUGGUGAUAAAUUAAAGAUUCAUUAUACUGGUACUUUAUUAAAUGGAGACAAAUUUGAUUCAUCAGUUGACCGUGGAACACCAUUCGAAUUCAAAAUAGGUGUUGGUCAAGUAAUUAAAGGUUGGGAUCAAGGUGUUUUAGGUAUGUGUGUAGGUGAAAAGAGAAAAUUAAUAAUCCCACCAAGCCUUGGUUAUGGUCAACAAGGAGCAGGUGAUAAAAUUCCAGGAAACUCUCAUUUAAUUUUUGAUGUUGAAUUAAUUGGAAUUAAUUAA